GAUUAGAAAUACUUGGUUGAGAUAGUUUCAACUUUGGUGGGACACUGCAAACCAACACGACAGACCAAUCAGAUUGUUUUGAAUCUGUUACUUCCCAUUCGAUACUUGCGUUAAGACCUAUGGUUAAGAUUAAUCAUCCUGUGGUACGAUCUGAAUUAACUGCAGUCUCAAGUGGAUUAACCUGAAAAUGCUGAUCCUAUUUUGCGUAGCUUUCUUCACAAUGGGGCGAUGCACAGACGACCAAAGUUUUGUGACAAAGACUGUUUGUGUUGGAGAAGAUGUGACUCUAACAUGUAGCCGCCCGUCUGGAUUGUCAGGAUACUUAUUUUGGAUUAGAGUUGUUGCUGGAAACUUUCCUGAAAUGUUAGGAGCCACUUACACAUUUGAUAAUGGCAACGUUAAUAAAACUCCUCGCAUUACAGCAAAACAAGAGCCUGGGACAUUUGUUCUACAUAUUACCAAAACAGAGCUGAGUGAUACUGCAUUUUACUACUGUGAACAAGUGGUUGAACUACAAACAACAUUUCUGAAUAAAACGUCUCUGAAAGUGAAAGCACCAGAACCUGAUAUCACUGCCGUCAUUCAAGACUUUCCAUCUGAUCCAGCCCGCCCAGGAGACUCAGUGACUCUUCAGUGUUCAGUCCUUUCAGACUCAGACAAAACAUGUCCAGGUGAACAAAGUGUGUUCUGGUUCAGAGCCGGAUCAAGUGAAUUUCAUCCCAGUUUAAUAUACGCUCACAGAAACCGUGGUGAUGAAUGUGAGAAGAGUCCUGAGGCUUACUCUCCACAGAAAUGUGUUUACAACUUCUCUAAAAUCAUCAGCUCCUCUGAUGCUGGGACUUAUUACUGUGCUGUGGCCACAUGUGGGGAGAUAUUAUUUGGAAAUGGAACAAAACUGGACAUUGAAGCCAACAUGUCGUCUGGCGAUUGUCAGCGGGCCAAUACAAUUCUGUCUCUGUUGUGUGCUGCUUUGGCUACAAGUUUGACUGUUGUAGCCUUACUGGUAUACACCAUCAAGAAAAAAAAGUUCAAUUGUUGUAAUGCUGCUGCUGCGGUCCUGCAAACAAAUGCAACAUCUACUGGUGAUCAACAAAGUCAACAAACAGAUGAAGACUCAUUGGUUUAUUCUGUGCCAAACUUCACCAGAGGGAAAGCUGGCAGGAGUGUCAGGAGAGAUGCAACUACAGUCGAGGGAGAGAGCAUCUACACUGAUGUCAGGGUUUUGGGGUAGGAACAGCAACAUAUACACCGUAGGUCCUAAUUAUUGUUUGUUUAAUGCUUGAAUGGUACAGCCUGUGGCAGAUAUUUAGCAGCAUAAAAUGUCCUGUUAUAUGGCAAAUAUUUUCACUGGAGUGACAUACAAAUGCCAGUUACUGUGUAUGUUUAAACCAGAUAUUUAUGUCUAUUGACUUUUGUUUUAUUUUUUUUAUUGAUUUGUGUUUUAUUUGUUUUAUCUUACAUUUUAAGUCAAUAUGGAUAUACUGUAUAUGAUAUACUGAUGGGCUUUUUUGCAAGGUUAAAUUAGAAGUGUUUCCUAUGCGUUCUGUCUCUUUACAUCAUAGAAAGUUUAACCUUUAAUGUGGAAAAUGUAUUUUUAAGCUUUGUAUGUCACCAAAGGCAAAAUGAGAACAUUCUUGGACAAAUAACUGACAAUGACUGGAUUAAAAAAAUGUAUCCCUUACUUGACUUCCAUUUUUGGUUACUUUAUAUUUCUACUCCACUACAUUUUAGAGUCAAAUACUGUACGUCUUACUCCAUUACAUUUAUUAUGUGGCAUAACUGAAGCUGUUCACAUUUACUUUUAGUUAACUGUUUCAGUUACUUUGCAGAUACUGUUUACUAAAACAAAUUGUAACCAACUAAUCAAUGCUGAUGUAUUAUUAUAGAUGUAGCUACCCAGCAGAUUAAAGUAAUAUUAGUUCUACCUUUUACAAGCUGCAACAUAAGUGAUGCUUACACAUAAAUGUAUCAAUAUUUAUAACCCAAUGAUGUAAUGGGUAUCAUUCUGACAAAGGCCAUUUUGCAUAAUGAGUAUGUGUAAGUAUAUUUUAAUGCUAAUACUUGUGUACUUUUACUUAAGUAUAGUUCUGUAUGUAGGGCUUUUUCUUCUAAGUAUG